GAAUUUUAGUGGGGAUUGGGUACACGUAAUCUGGUUGACCAUCCCAGCGAGAUCCCGCCCUGUCUUCGACAGCAGGUGGGCGGCGAACGGCGCGUCAGGCCAUGCCUUUCAGGCCAUGGCGUGUCUCGCAGAGAGCUGUUGGCGGCGUGGGGCAAGGCUCCCGGUGCUGGACCUCUUGCGGUCAGCUUUGCGCCCGCUGCAGGGAGAGUUCGAGGAUGCCACCCACGCGGCAGAGGCGGUCUUCGAACUGCUUGGCUGCGAUGAGUUGCAGGAUGAGGCUGUGAGCGAACAGCUAAUCCUGGCUUUGCUGCAUGCGUACGCGGGCGCUUCAGAUGAGCAGCGCAAGCAUCCGCAUGCUGAGGAGCUGGUGCUCUGCAUCCUGCGGUGCCUGGGGCGCCUGGCCACUGAGGCGCAGGAGGUGCUGGCGCCCCACAUGCACCGCGUGGGCCCUGUGCUACUGGACGCCGUCUCCGCUAGCCGGCGGCCUGCUUUUGCGGCGGUGGAGGUGUGGAGCAGCCUGGCGCUGCAGGAUUUAGCCGCUCAAAGCGCUGAUGUCUACCUGGGCGACGGGUUGGUUGCAGAGUUCGCGCCUCAGCUCACCUCCAAAUUGCUGGAGCUGCUGCAGCAACUGCCAGAGCAUGAGGAAGACAACCUGUUGGAGGCUCUGAAGACCUGUUUGGGCUUGCUGGUGCGGCUGGAGAGCGGCAUUUCCGCGUACCUGUCCACGUUUGCGUCCCAGCAUUUGCACCCGAUGCCGCCGAAGGGCCAUGCAUUGUUGGUCCUUGAGGUGCUCUUCUCAGCCCCCAUCCGUCACGGCGCCGCGCUCCUCUCGAGCGCCGGGCGCGCUCUGCCCGCAGCGCUCCUCGCCGGAGGCCUGGCAGGUGAGUCGCGGAACCUUGAUUUUGUGGCGGAGCUUCUGCUUGGGGUGGGUAACAUUAGCAAAAUUAUAUUCCUCUUGAGGUGGCGGCAUCCUGUGAUUGGCCCUUAUGUGGAGGAGCACAACGAUACGGGCGAGAUUCUUAGCGCCGCCCUGCAGCUGGACAAUGACGUUGCCUCGGCACAGCUCUUGCAGGAGUUGCUGUGCUCAGCGGCUGCGCCGCCUCAGCCUUUCGCGGCGCUGGCGCAACAUCUUUUGGCUCGCGCCGAGGCGUCGGAUCCCGCCACCAGGGCGGCGCCGGCCCGGCGCAGCCCUGGCCAGGUCCUGCCAGAGGCGGCGCCGGCCCGGCGCAGCCCUGGCCAGGUCCUGCCAGAGGCGGCGCCGGCUCGGAGGGCGCUACUGCACGCGGUGGCUUCCUUAAUUGAAGGGGCGAGCGUGGAGUGCCGCCCGCUCUUCCGGCCGCUGCUGCUUCGCUUUCUGAGUCUUGAGGAGAGCUAUGGGGAUGUCUGGUGCUGCCUGGGGGCCCUGACCCAUCGCCUGGGCGAAGAGGUCAGGGACUUCGCGGAGCAGCUGAUGUCCGCGUACUGCGCCCAGCUGGCGGACCCCACGGGCAUUGACGAGGACGCCUUCCACGCAGCGGGUGCCCUAAUCACCGCCCUGGCGCCAUCUCACGCGGCUCAGCUGGCGCCGCUGUGGGAGGUGCUGGCGCGGGCGCUCGCGGCGCAUGACCAGCCGCAGGCCUCAAAGGCCGCGAUGCGAGUCCUGCUGGCGGUCAUGAGCCACCUGGACGUGGCUGCCCUCACGUGCCUGGCGCACUGCGUGGUGCGACCCCUCCUCCAGCACGCCAGCGGGAACGAUUUGUGUUCGGAGCUGCAGCCGUUGGCGGUCAGCUGCCUGGGCGGCUUCCUUGUGCUGGGCUGCCGCAUGCCGCUGCUGGACGCGGCGCUGGAGGUCUUCGCCGCAGUGGCCAGGUCCUGCGGAGAGGCGGCUUCGCCUGCAAGCUGCCUGCAGCGGAUGAAGGAUUCGCAGCUGCUGCAGCUGGAGUUGAGCACUGUGCUGCUGAAAGGCUAUGUCUCGCUGUUCCGGUGCUUGCACAAGACAGGCUCUGUGGCGGCCGUUGAGGUGCACCUGCCGGGCGUUGUCUGGUUUUUGGCUUGCCAGGUGCGCGGCACUAGCUCAAACCGCCGGCCGACGAGCGGGAAGCGCUUGGUGGAGAUUGCGGAAGUCCUGGCGGCGAUUGCUGCGGUGCAUUUGGACGCCUUGGACGCCUUUGCUGGCACGGCAGGUGACAGGGGCCUGUCGGAGCUGCACGGGAUCAUUGCCGCAUCGGAGCCUGGCAUCCGAUGGCUGGCAGAAGCACCAGCGCUCGCUGCGCCUUCAUGGACCGCCUUGGAGGAGAUACGAGGCUCAGGGGGCUUGGACCUGCAGUACAAGUGCUCUUUGUUGGAGAAUGCCACGACCAGGGCCGAAAGGUUCGUGAUGAAUGGGGGCCUCAUCGUGGGCACCAUGGACGGCGCCAACAUUGAAAUUCGCGAGGAGUGCGGCGAGGACACGAUGUUCAUCUUCGGGUGCCUGGAGCACGAGGUCGGGCGCAUUGCCGCACAAGCCCAGCAGGGCAACUACCCCAUCGACGACCGCCUGCAGGCCGUGUUCCAGGCCAUUCGCAGCGGCACCUUUUCUCAGGCGCUCGGGUCGGAUCGUCGAUUCUGCCUGGGCGUUUGGAGAAAGCCGGGGGAGCCAUUGGACUGGUUGGGGUGUUCAAACCACAGGGUUUAA